UGACUCAAAUGCCCCGGGCCGAGAUGGUGCGUUUCUCUUGUAUGGAUGCCGCCCAACAUCUCGAGAAGAUAUUCUGUCUGCGCUCCCUCCAAGAUACGCAGUCGAUCGUUAUAUAUCGCGCUACUUCAACUAUCUGGAUCUCGUCUCAGCCGGUAAGUCCUUUCGACGUUGUCUAUCUGUUGUCUAUUAAUGGCUCAUAUACUUCGGUGACAUCCAGCUGCUGUCCAUGCACCCGCUUUCUUGCGAGAGUACGAGGCCUUCUGGGCUGACCCCUCGGCUGUCCCAAUAAUAUGGGUCGGGCUGCUCUUCAGCAUGAUAUGUCUUGCUUGUCUGGCAUCAAAUCAGCCUGAUAACCGCGAUAAUGAGCUACUAUCUCUGCAGGUUGAUCUCUACCGCGAAAAGACCGUCCAAUGCUUGAUCAUGGGCGAAUAUACGAAACCGGGUCCAUAUGUACUUGAAACCGUCAUCAAUUAUAUCUAUGCGGAAUUCUGCGUUUGUACGGAUGCGAAUAGAGAUAUGUGGUAUCUCCUUGCCGUGGAAGUUAAUCUUGCGAUGCGCAUGGGUUACCACCGUGAUCCUAGCCACUUCCCUGGAAUCUUACCUUUCCAGGCUGAGAUGCGGCGGCGAGUCUGGGCAACUGUACUCAUGAGUGAUGUCAUGAUUUCGAACCAAAUGGGGAUGCCGCGGAUGAUCGUGGAUUGGAAGGAACUGCCACCUCCACGACUAGAAACCGAGCUGACAACAGCUCUAGGGAUCAUCGCUCGCAGACGAAUGUUGAAGGCCCUCGGUAUCAUUGCAGAUCUCACAAGCAGGGUCAAGCCUUGCUCCUAUAAAGAGGUUAUGCAGGUGGAUCGUAUCCUUCAUGAUACUGCUGCCAACAUCCCGGCACCCCUGAAGUGGAAAUCGAUGGCGGCGAGUGUGACCGACUCGCCACAGGUCAUUAUAGCUCGUUUGUUUAUCAGACAUAUGCUGUACAAGGGUCAGAUCAUGCUACAUCAGCGAUUCUUGUGUAUGCAGUCUCCAUCGGGCAAGCAGGACGGCUUCGAUUACUCGCGACAAGCGUGCAUUGAUGCGUCGAUGGGCACUCUCGAGCUUCAGAAUGUGCUUGACGAGGAAACUUGCGCUGGAGGUCAACUGCACGAGAUGCGAUGGCGAGUCACCUCGCUAAUGAAUCAUCAGUUUCUUACUGCAGCAAUGAUCCUAUGCUCCUUAUUGCAUAAUGGGCGAACUAUGGAGAGGAAAGAUGAAAUUCUACGUGGGCUUCAACGUGCCAGAGGGAUCUGGAUGCGUAGAAGCUCAACUUCGAAAGAAGCAAAGCGAGCCGCAGACACUGUUGGUAUUGUGCUUUCGAGGAUGGGGGGUGAUGGGAGAAGCGAGCCCAACCUCAAUGCAGAUGCGGGCGGUAGCCUGACUAUACCUGACUCCAGCGGUGACUUUGGUUUGGUGUCAGAUAACCCUAUACCGGGCAACAUGGGUUUCCAUGACCCUGACCAGUUCAUCAUGCCAGAAAUUCUGGGAGCUAUUUUUCCACCGGUACUAGAGGAUCAAAAUAUGAGCUACAAUGCCCAUAGCACUGCCCCCCUCCAUGACUGGAUGUUCAUGAACUGGGAUAAUCCCGGAGGGACAUACCACGGUUGACGCUACGCUGUACGGAUGUCGAUGGGCCAUCUUGACAGAUGUACUAGGGGGAAAGAUGUAUGUCUACUGCUAAUUUUGACUAAAUAGACGACAAAAUUGCAGCGUACUACACGCACUAAACCUGGUCACUGAACACAUACGGAAUUCUCAACUCAGAUGUUUAGGCAGCUUGGAAUCAUGAAUUAGCUCACAGUAGUGGCAUAAAGCCAACUCGAGAGAGGGCCUCAAUACUACACCGUGUCUACACUAGGUGCCUUG